UUUUCCUUAUUUUCAUUUCAUUGUUUUUUUUCUCAUACAAUUCAAAACUUUUUUAAAUGGGGAGUGUGUGUGUGUGUGCCAUACUCUACAUUUCUCACAAAUGAUAAUGAUGAUGGACACGUGUUAUAACAGAAAGAAGAAUGAAUGAAAAAAAAAAUCAUAAUUACUUUUAAUGAAUGUUAAUAACUUGUUGUUUGUAACAACCAUCAUCAUCUUGUAUCUUGAAAUUUUUUUUUUUUGAUUAUUUUCGUUCCGAAUACGAUUCAGACUUUAAUCAACAACAACAACAUUCAAUUCAACAAAUAAUAGAAUCAUUUGAACCAUAGAGUAAUUUUGAUUUUUGUUGAAAUUUGGUUUUCGGUAUACAAUGGUAAGAUCGAAUAAUGUAAAACAUUGGCUACACGAUUUAUUUAUUACAUCUUCAAUGGCUGAUGAAGAAACGGCAAGCGAUCUAAAUGGAAAUGGAAAUAAUGGUAGUGGUGGUGGUGGUGGUGUUAUCGAUAUAAUCGAUUUGAAACAAUCAUCAUCAUCACAUCAAUCGAAUCAUAAUCGUACACCUAUUAUGGAUAUGAAUAUGUAUGCAACACGUAAAACAAUUGCACAAGGUAUUAUGGAUCUUGGUCUUAUGUGUGCUAAUGCUUCACAAUUAAAAUAUGUCCUAAUCAAUGCUAAUCAUCAUCGAUAUUUUCAAGUGACCGUUUCAUUAAUUGUCAUAUCAAUAUUGAUGCAAAUCAUUGUUGGCAUCAUGUUCAUUGCAUUAGGACGUUUGAAUAUUAAUUAUGGCCAUGAUCGUCGUCGUGCUGAUAUGAUGAAUAAUGCAAGCGUUAUUGUUAUAUUUUUGGUUACAGUCAUCAAUGUUUUAAUCACCGCUUUUGGUCCAAGUGAAACAAUUCAAUCAUCAUCGUCAUCAUUAUUGUCAUCACCAUCGACGGCCAUAUAUCAUCAUGGAUCGAUUUUGAAUUCUGAUCAUCAAUCACCAUCGGCACUGAAACUUACCUCAUGGACUAAUCUAUAUCCUGAUAGUAAAAGCAAUGAUUGAAUUAUUCCUGUUUUUCUCUAUCAAUCCAUCCAUAUACAAUUGAACGUUCCAUUUUUCCAAUUCAUAGAUAAGAAUUUUAGAAAUUUAAAUUAUGAAAAUUAGAAAACA